GGCGAUCACGCCAAGAGGACGACGACGGUGGAUAUGCAGAAGCCGCUACGGAAUUAUAUCUUGCAGCACUACUCCGCACGGGAGGCGCAGGAGAUGGAGGAGGAUAUAGUGGAAGUGACCAGUAUGCGGAGCGAGGUGGAGAGGUCCACGGAUGCGUCAGAGGCGAGGCGGGACUUGUUACAGCGUUACUUUCGGGCAUUGUGUGUUAUGGAGUCGAGGUUCCCGAUUAGCAGUGAGCGGGAGCACAUAAACACGCUUCACUUUACGUGGUAUGACGCGUUUCGGCAAGGAAGGAAGGUGUCGCAACAGAACAUCCAUUUUGAGAAGGCCGCAAUUGCGUUUAAUCUCGGGGCUGUGCAGUCGCAGAUCGCGUUGUCCGCGGACCGGACGACGCCGAUGGGGUUGAAGCAGGCGUGCGGGGCUUUCCAGGCCGCCGCAGGCGUGUUUGCAUUUCUUAGGGAUAACAUUUCUAUGAAGGCUGCGGGGACAGGGAACAAUUCGACAAUUGAUAUCUCGGUGGAGUGUGCUGGUAUGCUCGAGCGGCUCAUGUUGGCUCAAGCUCAGGAGUGCUUUUUUGAAAAAGUUGUGGCGGAUAAUAAAUCCUUGCUGUGCUCGAAGGUAGCCAAGCAGGUCGGGACCUUCUAUGAGGAGGCAUGUGCUGCUCUGUUGCUUCCUCCUUUGAAUCAGCACAUGGACAGGACUUGGGUUGCCCAUGUCCAGCUGAAGGCAGCACAAUUUAAUGCUGAGGCAUACUAUCGAGCAGCACUUGACUUACAUGAUAAAGAUGACAUACCGGAAGAGAUUGCACGAUUGAGGGUGGGAAGCAGUAUUAUUGCAGAAGGUCGAAAGCAGGCAAAGGGCGCGGUGGUGGGUCCACUUCAGGACGUAGUUACCAAAUUGGAAAUGAACAUCAACAGAAAUCUUGACCGGGCAAACAAAGAGAAUGAUAGAGUAUAUCUCAUGCGCGUGCCUUCUCCUGACAGUCUUCCUCCACUAGUAGGAGCUGCACUUGCCAAAUCAACUCCUGCUGUAGAUGUUUUGGAUGCCACUAAGGAGAAGAUGUUUGCCGGCCUUGUCCCUGAUUCGAGUGCCAAGGCACUCUCGAAGUACACAGAAAUGGUCGAUGACAUUGUAAGGACCCUAGCGGAGAGGUUGCAGCAAGAGAGUGAAAUUAUGCGGGUGAAGCUCAAAGAGAUGAACUUGCCGGAUUCUUUACGUGCUUUAGAAGGAUCUACUUCUCUUCCAGAUGAUCUUCGGGACGAUGUGGAGGCUGUCCAAAUAGACGGUGGCCCUGCUGGACUUGAAACUGAGAUGAAGCAGCUACGGGACUUGCGCCGCGUCAAUGAGGAAUUGCUGGCUCAAGUUGAAAAGCAAUUGGAGAAAGAGGCCACAGAGGAUGCCCAAAAUAGGGCGCAAUUCGGAACCAGAUGGACGCGACCGCAGUCCAGUACUCUUACAAAAACGUUGCAUGAACGAGCUAAUAGGUUUGCUGUUAAUUUAAAACAGGCAGGUGAUAGCGACGCUCGAAUUGAUCGUACAAUUAGGGACAAUAUGCAUAUCAUGGGCAUUCUUGAUACGAAGCCAAUCGAGUCCGCCUUACCUACUUUGGGACGACCAAUGCUAUCCUUGGAUGGAAACGAGGAUCAGAUUGUUGGAGCAUUGCGACAGAACCUUUCAGAGCUAGAACAAUGUGCAUCACAAAGAGCUGGAUUAGAAGACAUGCUCAAAGAAAUGAGGCGUAAUGAUAACAUCCUUCCAAAGUUGAUGACAACGUCUGGAUCUUAUGAAGAUCUUUUUAAGAAAGAAAUCGGUAAAUAUGACCUAGUUUCACAAGAGAUUUCUCGGAAUAUUGAGGAUCAGGAUCGCUUAUUUCAGCAGAUCAAAAUGCACAACGAAGCUUUUUCUUCGGUUUUUAACCUUGAAGAUUUCAAAUUGCAACAAGAAAAGGCUUACAACCAGGUUCGUGCAGCAGUUCAGAAGUACAGAGAAGUCCGUGAAAACAUCAACGAAGGUUUGAAAUUCUACGCCACCUUGCAGGCCGCAAUUACAAAUUUGAAGCAGCAUUGUAACGAUUAUGUGAUGACACGAAGCAUACAAUGUCGUGAAAUGAUGGAUGAUAUACAACGAAAAAUUGCAGGUCUCUCACUCACGAACAACAAUAGACAUUCGGCACCACCUACUUCUCAUGGUUCUCAAGAUUCUUCUUACUACCAUCCUACCGCUUCUGGUCCUGCACCAGGCUACGCCGGACAGCCACCAGCACCCCCUUACUAUGCUGGUCACAGCUUACCUGGAAUUCCACCUUAUUACUCGCAGCCCCCUGUUCACGCACAAUCUCAGCAUCCAGCACAUAACUCCAAUCAACCUCAUUCAGGCUGGCAGGGUCAGCCUGCCCCGCAGGCUCCUGCCGCUCAGCCUGGCGCUGCAGCCCAACCUCCACCCAAUGCUUCUGUUGGAGGGCUUCUUAGUCAGAUUUACAGACAUUGGGGACUAUGAAAUAUUCCAAAUGAAAGGGAGACUUUUGGUUCACGUCAAUAAGGCAUCCCAUGCUGUUGCGGUUUUUAUUUGAUCAGCUUUUUUUUUCACUAAGAACCUUGCAGCAGUUGUGAAGAAAGCAUAAGGUCAUAUACGGUUUUUGCACGCUUCUAAGUGCCCGUGUCUGAUGAAUUAACGUGUACAUCUACGUAAAUUGUUCUGUUAUCUAUUCUUGGUCUAGCUGCUUUCAAUAUUUAUACGUUCUUGUAUACUACACUACGGUUCAAGGCAUCUUGUUACAGAAGUAAACAAAAUGCAGGCACAAGAGUGAAUUGCAGUUGAUGUUAGAGUAGGAGGUCCACCUAUCAAAUUGCCAUUUGCACGCAAUUAUGUGCUUGAUGAGAUUUAUCAAAACGAGCAAUUUAUGAAUUGAUGUGUAGACGCAACUAGUUUCUAGCAUGUGCCCUUUUUGUUUCAUUACUACUAGUACAUUGAAUCACGUGUUCGUCAAGCUUAUUUGGCGCACAUGUAACUGGGUACUCUCUGUGAAAGGUCGUAAUCGAGUUCAUUUCGAUUGCGAUUUAGAUCUUUAUACCAGCGUUCUUGGCAA